AAGACCGUUCCUUUUCUUCUUCUUUGUUUUUUUAAUAUAGAUAUGGAGCUCGGUUUCUUCUCUUGUUCCACAACCCUAACCCUAAUUCUUGCCCUACUCAUCGCCGGUUCCACUUUCACAGAUGCACAAGUUGGAGUAUGUUAUGGAAGGAAUGGGGAAAGCCUCCCAUCCGCGACAGAGACAGUGGAGCUGUUCAAGCAAAAAAACAUAAGAAGGAUGAGACUCUACAGUCCCGACCGCGACGUCCUCGACGCCUUACGAGGCUCCGACAUCGAGCUCAUGUUAGAUCUCCCCAAUCCCGACCUCCAACGCGUGGCCUCCAGCCAAUCCGAGGCCGACACAUGGGUCAGGGACAACGUCGUCAACUACGCCGACAACGUCAAGUUCCGGUACAUCUCUGUGGGGAACGAGGUGAAAAUCACCGAUUCGUACGCUCAGUUCCUCGGUCCGGCCCUCGAAAACAUCGAUAGAGCAGUUUCCGGGGCUGGACUCGGCGGAAGGAUCAAAGUCUCGACGGCCAUCGACACCGGAGUUCUCGCAGAGUCGUCGCCUCCUUCGAGAGGAUCGUUCAAAGGGGAAGUAAUGGUGCUGAUGGAUCCGAUCAUACGUUUCUUGGUGAACAAGCAAUCGCCUCUUCUCGUAAACCUCUACCCUUACUUCAGCAUCCUCUACAACGGUCAAAUCCCGUUGGAAUUCGCCCUUUUCGAGGCUUCUCCAGGGUUCGUAUCCGAUCCUCCGAACUCGUACCAAAACCUCUUCGACGCCAUACUCGACGCUGUGUAUUCUGCGCUCGAGAAAUCGGGCGGAGGAUCGUUGGAAAUCGUCGUCUCGGAGACUGGAUGGCCGACGGGAGGAGGAGGACCAUCGAGCGUGGAGAAUGCGAGGAAAUACAAUAACAAUCUGAUGCAAAAUGUGAAAAACGGGACACCGAAGAGGCCAGGGAGGGAAAUAGAGACUUAUAUAUUCGCAAUGUAUGACGAGAACAAGAAGGAUCCCGAGUACGAGAAGUUCUGGGGAUUGUUUCUUCCCGACAAGCAACCUAAGUAUGACGUGAACUUCAACUGAAACAUACGAUGAAAACAGAUUAUAAUAUAUCAUACAUACAUAUGUGUACGUAUACGUGUGUAGCUAUAUACGGAUGCACGUAACGUUAUGAUUGGAAUAAAUAAUGCAAGGAAUGUAACAGCAAUGAUUCAAAUAGAUAUAGAUUUAUAUAGCCUGUGUUUGUGUACGAUGGAAUAAAAAAGAC